UUACCGUGUCAAGAAGGAAUAAUCACAAUCCACAACAAAUUAUUAAUUUAUCCCUAUACGUGUGUUUCACGCCACACUCCCCUUUCGCAGCCCUUUACCAUGAAUCCAUUCACAACAUCCCUGCUCUACACCUGCUCAAUCGUCCUAAUCAUCACUGUUCACUUCGCACCACCGCGUAUCGCACAAACAGCGGCAGAGCACGCACAAAAGCAGUUAAAGAUACGGUUCAACGAGCUUUACGAUGCUGGUGCAAUGGAAGCACACACGCACUACUACCAUAAGUUGAAGAAGGUGAUACGGUACUCGCAUUUUUUGCAUGCACGUGAUGUGCAUGCUCUUUUCAUUUUUUCGGAGAUGAAUGACAUGCGGAUAGAUGCGAUGUUGAGCAGUUUAGAUUUUAGGAGUGGUGGUGGUUUUAGGUACUACCUACCACCUUUGUUCAAUUUUGGUAUUUGGUUUCCGCUUUUGUGUCCUGUGAUCAUUAACAUGGUGGUGGUGCUUAAGACUUUCAUCAGGAGAUGCAGUACGAAGCAAAGAUGUUUGUAAUGGUAUUAUGAGAAGCAGCAGCGUUUUGCACAGGCAUGGUGUGAAGAGUGCCGAGAGUAAUAAAAUUUAAAUGCUUAACAACUAUCAAUUGGUGCACAGGAAUGUUGAAAUAAUUUAAUCAUCAUUCACUCAUAUAAAUAAAAAGACAACUCGAAAUAUGAUUGGUUAGUUCUGUGGAAUAAAUUAUUUGACCCUUCG